AUGGCAUGCUGUUGCGACUCAGGCACCGCCUUCGGCGCUGCCCUCGACGUCACCUUCGGCGUCUGCAGCAGGGGCCAGCUGCGAUCAAGCCUGGCUCGCCUCGCCACAACGGGGCGCACCCUGCCCCUACGUCCAUGGCGCGCCCUGUUGCUGGGAUCCUGCACGCCAGGAGCUGCGGGGAACCGGUGUGGGGUCUAUGUAAGAAAUGCGGGCCUCUUGCGGGGCAACUGGUCACGGCCUGUGCUGGAUUGGUUCAAUACAGCGAAGUCGAACGCCAAGCAGCGGCAGGACGUCGCCCGGCACCUGGCAAAGCUCCAGCUGCCCUCCACGGCGACCGUCUUCGACUUGCACAGGCGCCAUGUGCUGGAUGUGAUUCGCGCACGCGGUUGGGAGGUUGAUUAUUUCCUGUGCUUCAGCGCUCUCUCCCCCGAGAUCCUCCGGGAGGAGAACAUCACGGAGGCCUGGGCCUUCUCGUCCCGAAGCCAGUGGCAGCGCAUGGCGGGCUGCCUGCGGCGCGUGCGCGUGCGCGAGGACCGAUGUGGCGGCGCCCGCUACUCCAUCUUCUUCCGGCUCCGUGAGACCUUCCUGGCGCUCACGGACGCGCCGAAUCUCACGAAGGCGCUCCCGCGGCCGACGGCGCCACAAGGUUGCGUCAUGGUGCGCUUCCGGGGCACCCGUGGCAUGUCCGGGGUGACCAACGACAUGCACUCCAUCAGCCCCUGCGACGGCUGUGUCGGAGAGGGCAUCCGGACACAGGUGGGCAUGAUGCUGGACGACAUGGUUCAGGUGGUCCCACGCCACCUGCUGCGGUUUUUCGAGCCGGGUGCUGAUGGUCCGGUCGCGUAUCCCCCAUGGUUCCAGCACGGAAGCUACGACGAGGGCUCCUUAGCAAAAAGGACCGUGAAGCGGGGAAUCCCGCUGUGCUCCCUUUCCUUCCGUGGCUGGCCGCUGGGAUCCACCGCGCACAAGUUCUUCCUGACAAGAUCUCGGUCUUGCGACUUCUUCAACGGCGCUCCGCGGACGAUCUGCGGCAAAGGUGCGCCUGUGGACGAGCAGCUGCAGAAGCUGCCUCACCUUGAUUUCUUGGGUCCGCCCUCAUGA